GCCAUGCAGCCCCGGACGCUCCUCAUUGUGGCCCUCUUGGCACUCCUGGCAUCUGCCCGAGCUAAUGAGGGAGAGGGGUCGUUGCUGCUCGGCUCUGUGCAGGGCUACAUGGAGCAGGCCGCCAAGAAGGUUCAGGAUGCACUAACCAGUGUGCAGAAGUCUGAGAUGGCUGUGCAGGCCAGGGGCUGGAUGGACGGUGGCUUCAGCUCCCUGAAAGGUUACUGGAGCAAGUUCACUGACAAGUUCUCCGGCCUCUGGGAAUCUACCCCCAAGAGCCAACCAACUCCAGCUACUGAGCCUUGAGACCUCUAUGUUCCAAAUGUGCCUGUGCAUCUGUCCUGUUGGCCUCUGGGUCCACUGGGUGACCCCUAAAGUUUGCUUGAAAGGGAAAGUAUUCUCACGUUUUCACCCCUCCCCAGACCUCA